AUGUCGGCAAUCAAUACAUCUAUCGAAUUCCUGGAACAAAAGUACGAAGAUGUUAGGCAGGAGCUAUCUCUUAAAUCUGAGGCGGUAAUGAAUCUAGAACGUGAAAAUAAGACCCUGCGAGCUGACGUGAGUGACCUGCAGUCGCGAUUGUCACUGAUGGAACUGCAGUCGCGGGCCUGUAAUGUCGAAGUUCAGUGUGUGCCGGAGUUUAAAAAUGAGAACCUCGUAGCCAUGUUGGGCCAAGUGGCAUCCGUAAUAAAAUGUGAUAUAGAUAACAAAGAUGUAAUAUCGUGUACUCGACUAAUGAAAUUGAACAAGGACUCACCACGCCCAAGGUCUAUUUUGGUAAAGUUCAGCAGCCCACGUGUGCGGGAUACUUUUCUCGCUGCAUCGAUAGAUUUCAAUAAGAAAGCAAAAACCAACUUAGAUAAAUUGAACACGAGUCAUCUGGGAAUCGGUGGUGAUAAGAAGCCAGUGUACAUAUGCGAACAUCUAACGCCCGCUGUUAAAGCACUACACGCUGAAGCAAGGUUGUGUUCGAAAAAACUUGGAUAUCGUUUUGUAUGGGUAAAGAAUGGUAGGAUUUUUAUGCGCAAAUCGGAUAAAUCUGAUUACAUAUACAUUAGGAAUUCCGAAGUACUUAAAGGUCUUAAAUAA